UAAAGAAAAAAAUGGAAGUAUAUGAAACCAUAAAAUUAAUUGGAUCAGGUGCAUUUGGUUAAGUAUAUAUGGUAAGGCAUAUGCGAGAAGACAAAUUAUACGUAAUAAAGAAAAUAAAAACAAGAGACAUGUGUUAAAAAGAUCGAGAAAAUACUGAAAAUGAAGUUAGAUUAUUACAAAAAUUACGACAUUCAAAUAUUGUAGCUUACAAAGAUAGUUAUAUGGACCGAGAACAAUAUUUAAAUAUAGUAAUGAUACAUUGUGAGGGAGGUGAUAUGCAUAAUAAAAUUCAAAAUUAAAAAGGCAAACACUUUCCAGAAAACCAAAUUUUAGAUUGGUUAGCUUAAAUGGCAUUAGCAUUAUAUUAUUUACAUGAUAAAAAGAUAUUACAUAGGGAUUUAAAGACAUAAAAUAUAUUUCUUAAACAUGGAAGGGUUAGGUUAGGUGACUUCGGAAUUGCAAAAGUAUUAGAUUCUACAAGAGAUUUUGCAAAUACAUGUAUAGGAACUCCAUAUUACAUGUCACCAGAAUUAUUUAAAUAUAAGCCUUAUAGUUAUAAAAGCGAUGUAUGGGCUUUCGGAUGUGUUUUAUAUGAAAUGUGUAAUUUAAGACAUGCAUUUGAUGCUUAAAGUUUAAAUGGCUUAGCUGUAAAAAUAAUGAAAGGAUCAUAUCCACCAAUAAAUUCAAGUUAUUCAUGGGGUUUAAGAGAUUUGAUUGGGAAAAUGCUAUAACUAGUCCCAAAUAAUAGGCCCAGCAUUAUCGAAAUAUUAAAUAAGCCUUUUGUAAAAAAGAGAGUAUUUUAAUACAUGUGUGAGAUAUUUAGCGGAUAAUAUCCUGAAGUAUGUCUUCCGAAUGAUAUAGAUGAUAUAUAUUAAGAUAGUUUGAAAGAUUAAGCAUAUAAAUUAAAUUUAAUGGAAAUAAUAUAAUAAUAAAUAUAGAAUGGAAAUGGAAUAAGUGCACUUGAUUUUGAUGAUUAAAGUCAAAAAAGGCCUCCAAAAAGAUAAGGGUAAAGGGCUUUUUUGGAAAAAAAAGUAUAAAAAGAUAAAGAAGAAUUGAAAAAAUAAAUUGAUGAAAAAUUAAAAAUUGAAAAACAAAUAAAAAAACUUGAGGAUAAAAAAUAUUCAUAAAAUAAUAAAAAAAGGUAAUAAUAAUAAAUAUUAUCGAAAGAAAAAAUUCCAGUUAAUUAAAAAAAUAAAUAAAUUUCAAAUAAUAAUUUUUAAUAGCUUUAAAAUUAAAAAAAAAAAAAAAAUUAAAAUGAAGAUUUUUCUUUAGAUUUAAUCGAAAGGGAAAGCUUUGAUUAAAAAAAUGGUUCAACAAGUAAGCUUUCUGAAGGAGAAGAUGAUGAAUAAAAAAGCCAAGAUUAAGUCAUCUUAGAAGAAGAUAAUGAAGAAUCUGAAUAUGAGGAAAUCGAUGCAAAAAUUGAGCUUAUGAAAACUAAACUAAAAGAAAAAACUAUAAAAAUAAAUACUUUAAAGGAAAGUCUUAAAGCAAAUAAUAAAGAAUAUCACAUAAAUGUGGAAGAGGAAGAAAACAAUGACAAAAUAAUUGAAGAAGAAGAAAAUAUUUAUUAUGAAAAUGAAGGUAAUAAUGAUGAGUAAGAAGAAGAAGAUGAAGAAGAUUAUACUUUUAAUGAAGAAGAAUGUGAAGAAAAUAUAAAUGAAGAUGAGAAAAUAAACUAUAAUCCUUAAUAUUAUAAAAUUUAAGAUAGAAUUAAGCUGUUCAUACAUAGAUGUGAAGCUGGAUUAGGAAACGUUAUAUACGAAAAAGCUUAUGAUUUUGUGAAAUAUAACUAAUAAAAUACUUCUGUUGAAGAUAUGAGGACAAAACUUGUAUAAAUACUUUAGGCAGAUAAUAUUGGGUUUUGGCAUUUGGUUGAUUAAAUAAUUUUUUUAGAAGAACUUCUUUUAACUAUUCCUUAAGUGCUUAAAUGA